AUGGGCUUUGAUGGCACAGCAGUAACCCCGCAAAUACGACAGCUCAUCCAAGAGAACCAUAUCGGGUCUAUAUUACUCACUGCGAAGAAUCUCAAAUCCGCGGAAGAUACCGCACAGCUGGUAUACGAGCUACAGAAGACCGCUCACGAUGCUGGACAUCCAGUCCCUCUGGCCAUUGGAGUGGACCAGGAGAAUGGCGGCGUCAACAGCCUCUUUGAUGAAAUCUACAUCCGCCAGUAUCCUAGUGCCAUGGGCAUUGCCGCCACCGGCUCGACCGACUUGGCCUUUGAGGUAGCCAAAGCUACAGCGCAAGAGAUUGCUGCUUGUGGCAUUAACUGGAUUAUGGGCCCCUGCCUGGAUGUCCUCACAAAUGCAAGAAACCAGCCUCUAGGCGUCAGGACGACUGGUGAUAACCCGCAAGAAGUGUCCGCUUAUGGUGUAGCUUUCAUGAGAGGCUAUAAAGAUGCCGGGGUUGUGACGAUGGGGAAGCAUUUCCCUUCCUACGGCAAUCUUGAGUUCCUGGGCUCCGCUCUUGACGUGCCAAUCAUCACAGAGUCGCUGGAGCAGCUCAGUCUGAGCGCACUGGUGCCGUUUCGAAAUGCCAUCAACCAGGGGCUUGACUCUAUGAUGGUCGGCGGUUGUGCAAUGUCUUCCGCUGGUCUCAACGUUAUGCAUGCUUGCCUCUCAGACCAGGUCAUCGACGGCUUACUUCGGACAGACCUCAAAUUUGACGGGGUUGUCGUCUCUGAAUGCUUGGAGAUGGAAGCUUUGAGUCACAACAUUGGAGUUGGCGGCGGUACUGUCAUGGCGAUCAACGCCGGCUGCGACAUUGUACUGCUGUGUAGGCUCUUUACUCACCAGCAGGAAGCCAUCAGGGGCUUGAAGCUGGGCAUCGAGAAUUCCAUGAUAUCCAAGUCCCGUAUACGCGAGUCUCUUCGGAGGGUUCUAACGAUGAAGUCGAAAUGCACCUCAUGGGAGAAGGCAUUGAACCCCCCCGGUAUCAGUUUACUGUCUCAACUGCAGCCGUCACAUACAGCACUAUCCACCAAGGCAUAUAACAGCUCCAUCACAGUGGUGCGCGACAAGAACCGCUUGCUCCCGUUGUCCAAUAUCAUCGAGGCCGAGGAGGAGCUGCUCCUCCUUACGCCUCUCGUCAAACCUCUCGCGGCUUCAGCGGCCUCGCGUGCGCUGUCCGAAACCGUAGCGGCUGCAUCACCUCCUGAACCUGCAGUCUGGGAGCGAAGUGCCUCAGUGAUGAGUGGUGAGCGUGUCUUCCGCGAGUUGGGAAGAACACUGGCCCGACAAAGGAGUGGCCGGGUACUGCAUACUUCGUAUACCGCCAACGGUCUCCGUCCGGUUCACGAGAAUCUCAUCAAUAGGGCCAGUGCAAUCAUUGUGCUGACUGCGGACGCUAAUCGAAACCUAUACCAGCACGGUUUCACGAAGCACGUCUCAAUGAUCUGCAACAUGCAGUACACAACCGGAGGGGAGAAGAGAGAGAAGCCACUCAUUGUCGUUUCAGUCAGCUCACCGUACGACUUCGCCAUGGAUCCGUCGAUUGGAACUUAUAUAUGCACCUACGACUUCACGGAGACAGCGCUGAAUUCGUUAGUCAGAGUGCUCUAUGGCGAACUAUCACCAACAGGCGCUUUGCCGGGUACUAUUAGCCAGAGCCAGAAACUCGACCAGUCUAAGCAACACUGGCUGGUCGAGAUGUUCAACGAGGAGCGCGACGCACACGCUCUCGACGACCUCAUCAAGACAGUCGUAGGAGGCAACCCACCCGCUCAACGGUCGGAGCUGUCCAGCGCGACUUCGAACUCGUUCCUGCUGCGUGAUUCGGAGGUCCUGGAAGCUCACUUUGUUGUCCGCAAUAGUAGCACACAAGUGCUGUACGGCUUCUGCUGCACCUACUUCUUCAAGGCCACGGGGACCGGAGUCAUAGCUGCACUUUUCGUGGAUCCGACAAGGAGAAAGCUCUCCAUCGGCCACUCGCUACACAACCGUGCGAUCCGCACCCUGCUGCAGCGGGAAGGUAUCAAGAGGUUCCAACUUGGCUCGAGGCUGCCGAGCAUCUUCCUAGGCAUCCCAACGGGCCAUGGCGCUGAAAGGAAACGUUUGCGGUCUUGGUUUGCGAAUAUGGGCUGGAAUACGGCCCUCUCGCGACCCGUAUGCAGUAUGAUAGCCCGCAACUUAUCGUCUUGGACGCCGCCACCUGGCAUGGCUGAGAGUCUGAAGGAGGCCGGCCCUGUCUUUGUGUUCGAGCUCGUCUACGGCUGGAAUUACGCUACCGAAGUGCUCGAUCACAUCAAGACGAGCAACCGCCAAGGUCUAGCUGAAGUUUAUAAACUGGCACUGAUAGAUCCCCAGGCAUGCGGCAUUCUCCAAGCCAAGCGGCCUGAAGACGGCACUCUGGUCGGCACCGUCGUCUUGUACAACAUGCAAUCGCGCUUGUCGGAGUUUGUGCCAGCCAUGAAGGACACGAAUGAGCUGACGGGAGGUAUAUCGUCGCCGGUGAUCUCGCCUGCGGUCGGCGAAUACUCGACGUUGCUCCAGGGCCUGAUACUCCUGGGCAUGCGCCAGAUCAAGAAGCAAGGCUGCAAUGCAUGUGUGCUCGACCACAUGGACGGAGACGGAAAAUUCGACGGCCUGUCUGCAAUGGGCUUCGAUGUCUUGCACAGCUUCGAAGAGGUCAGCUGCGAUGCGGCGACAUGGACCAGAGUGCCACCUUCGUAG